CAAGGAAUGCAAACCUACCUGUCAAUGGAAGAGGCGGACUCAGAGGAGGGUUCGGUUGUCACUUGUCUCGACCUGGCAUUAGGCCUCACACACAGAGACACAAAGAAUUGCAGAGGAAGAGGAUGGGCCCAAGAAUAGUCUCUUUAAAUCCAAGGAACCAUGAAUAUUGACGGGAUGGCAAGGAGAAGUUGGUAAGAGGACAACAAAAGGGAAACAGACAGAAGAGCAAUGACGUGGAGGAGCCCCCUAGCUGUGGUCCGGGAUGCUUGGAGAGGUCAGAGGGCGCGAGAGAAGGACCUCCGCAACCUGGUGUCCAAUCUACCUUAUGAGGGACUAGAGAAGGCAAAGCAACCCAACCGUUACUUCCCUGGUAAUGCGAUCAAGACCACCAAAUACACCCUGCUCCUCUUUAUCCCCAUGAACCUCUUUGAGCAGUUUCACCGCCUGGCAAACUUGUACUUUGUGGGCCUGGCCAUUCUGAACUUUAUCCCCGUCGUGAACGCUUUCCAGCCCGAGGUCGCUCUUAUCCCCAUCUGUGUCAUCCUGUCUCUGACGGCCUUGAAGGAUGCCUGGGAGGACUUCAGGAGGUACCAGUCAGACAGAAAGCUUAAUAACACGCCGUGCCUCAUUUACAGCAGGAAAGAGGGACAAUUCACGGAGAGGCGUUGGAAGGACGUAAGAGUGGGGGACUUUGUAAAAGUUUUUAGCAAUGAGAUCAUCCCUGCAGACCUCCUGCUCCUGCACACGUCAGACCCCAACAGGGUUUGUCUGAUAGAAACAGCGAACCUAGAUGGAGAGACCAACCUGAAGCAGAGGAGGGUGGUGCCUGGCCUCUGCACCAUGGAUCUGGAAUUUGACCCUGAAAGCUUCAAUGGCAUGGUAGUGUGUGAGAAGCCCAACAACAAUCUGAACCAUUUCAAAUGUUAUGUAGAGAGUCCUGAUAAGGAGAAGGUGGGAGCUGGGAUAGAGAGUCUGCUGCUUCGAGGCUGCACUGUGAGAAACACGGACCAUGCUGUGGGCUUUGUGGUGUAUGCAGGGCAUGAAACCAAGUCCAUGCUCAACAACAAUGGCUCGAGAUACAAGCGCAGCAGACUAGAGCGGAGGCUGAACAUAGAUGUCUUCUUCUGCCUCAUUCUCCUCUUCACCAUGUGUCUCAUCGGGGCAGUAGGUCACUUUGUAUGGCUGCAGGCGUUGCCCAGCGUGCCACCUUACCUGGUCCCAGACAGCAAAGGUCACCUGGACAGUCCUGGUCUGUCUGGCUUCUACAUGUUCUUUACCAUGAUCAUCCUGCUGCAGGUCCUGAUUCCUAUCUCCCUAUACGUGUCCAUUGAGUUGGUGAAGGUUGGUCAGAUCUUCUUCAUCACUAAUGACAUUGAUUUGUACGAUGAGGAGACAGACAGCCGCAUGCAGUGUAGGGCCCUGAACAUCACGGAGGACCUGGGCCAGAUUCAGUACAUCUUCUCUGACAAGACGGGCACCCUCACAGAAAACAAGAUGGUGUUUCGGAGAUGCUCCAUCAUGGGUAAUGAGUACCCACACAAAGAGAAUGCCAUACGCCUAAAUAUCCUUGAAGAAGCAGAGUCAGAGGAUGAGGUCCUCUUUAACCAGCGGCCACAGCCGUCACAGACUGGAUGGUCACUGGACACUGAGGACGCCAAGCCUCGAGACAAACAUCCUCACCCUGGGAUUCGACACAAGAGCAAGGUUUCAGGAAAUGCCAAGGGAGAUGUGGCCUUCAGUAGUCCACUGGAAACUGAGGUGAUUCCAGACAGGAAGCUGCUUCAGCAGAUUAGCAGGCCAGAGUUCCGCAUUGGCAGCAGACAGGAGAACGAGCCCUACAUGGACUUUUUUUUGGCUCUUGCUAUUUGCAACACUGUGCUCGUUUCCAUGGCAACAGCUCAGAGACGGAGGGGGAGUUUGUUUAUGCCCUCCAGCAGCACAAACAAUCCUCUGGAUACUAUGUCCACCUGGAUGAAAAGGGCCAGCUCUUUUUGCCGUAUUUUCACCUGCUGGUGUUGCAAACCAAAGCAAAAACGUGCUGAGGAUUCUGUCAUAGAGGAGGACCACUUUAAUGCUUCUAUAAUAAGGGAGGAAACUGAAGACGUCAAUGGGCUCCAGACAUGUUCACUCCAUGCUCUGUCCCAGUUCAAAAAGCCUGCACUGACUCCAGAUAACGUGAGAUACGAGGCAGAGAGUCCAGACGAGGCCGCCUUGGUGUAUGCAGCCAAGGCAUAUGGCUUCACUCUGCUGGCCCGCACUCCUGACAGUGUGACAGUGAGGCUCCCAUCUGGGGAGGACCUGGUGUUUGAGGUGCUGGACACCUUAGCCUUUGACUCCAACAGGAAGAGAAUGUCUGUUUUGGUGCGACACCCAAAGACUGGAGAGUAUGUGCUGUACACUAAAGGUGCAGACUAUGCCAUCAUGGAGCUGCUUGGUACACCAUACGCAGAACAUCUGAGUGGGAGUCAGAAGAAUAUAGCAACUGAUACGCAGUACUUCCUUGACUGCUAUGCCAAAGAGGGGCUACGUACACUUUGCAUUACGAAGAAGGUUGUGAGUGAUGAAGAGUUUGAGAGCUGGUCAGUGAGCAGACGCAAAGCUCUGGCUGCUAUAGAAAAGAGAGAGGAGCUUGUGAUGGACACUGCUGUGCAGCUGGAGACAAAUCUCUCCCUGCUGGGGGCGACAGGCAUUGAGGACCGUCUCCAGGAAAGCGUCCCAGACACCAUCUUGGCUCUGCGGGAGGCAGGGAUCCAGGUGUGGGUGCUGACUGGUGACAAGCCGGAGACAGCUGUCAACAUCGGCUAUGCCUGCAGGCUGCUAGAGGAGGAAGACCUGGUGAUUAACAUGAGCUGCAAAAACAAGCUCAAUUGUACAUCCAUCCUGGACUGUACUCUGGAGGAGGUGAGGAGGUACAGCGCAGACCCUCGUAACGUGGACACAACCCCCGACAUCUCUCUGGUGAUCGACGGACGCACCCUGGCCAUGGCUCUGUCCUCGGACCUGCAGAGCCGCUUCGUGGACUUGGCGCGGCGCUGCCGCUCUGUGCUCUGCUGCAGAGUCACGCCGUUACAGAAGAGCAAAGUGGUGAAGGUGGUGCGGGAGAAACUCAAGGUCAUGACCCUCGCUGUGGGUGAUGGUGCAAACGAUGUCAACAUGAUCCAAGCAGCCGAUAUCGGCGUUGGGAUCUCGGGUCAGGAGGGCAUGCAGGCAGUCAUGGCGAGUGAUUUUGCUAUAUCUCGCUUCAAACACCUGAGGAAACUUCUUCUGGUCCAUGGACACUGGUGCUACUCACGACUAGCCAACAUGAUCAUUUACUUCUUCUACAAGAACGUGGCCUAUGUGAACCUGCUCUUCUGGUACCAGUUCUUCUGCGGCUUCUCUGGCACCGCCAUGAUCGACUACUGGCUGAUGAUUUUCUUCAACCUGUUCUUCACCUCCGUACCGCCCAUCAUGUUUGGGAUCAUGGACAAAGAUGUUUCUGCUGAGAUACUGAUGGGUGUUCCUGAACUCUAUAGGACUGGACAGGGGUCAGGGGAAUACACGUAUACCACUUUCUGGAUUUCCAUUCUGGAUGCCUUCUACCAGAGUCUGGUGUGCUUCUUUAUUCCUUACCUGGCAUACCAGGAUUCAGACAUUGAUAUCUUUACCUUUGGAACUCCUCUGAACACUAUUUCUCUAUUUACUAUCCUGCUGCAUCUGUCAAUAGAGAUCAAGUCCUGGACGGUGGUUCAUUGGGCAAUCAUGCUGGGAAGUGUGGCGCUGUACUUCAUUGUGACACUGGCCUACAGCGCCAUCUGCAUCACCUGUAACCCUCCAUCCAACCCGUACUGGAUCCUCCAGAGCCAGAUGGCCAACCCCAUUUUCUACCUUAUCUGCAUCAUCACCACUGUGGUGGCUCUGCUGCCCAGGUACAUGUUUCACGUGCUGAGGAACUCUAUCACUCCCUCCCCACUCCUGCAAGCCAGGUGUCUGGACCGGCUGAACUCCUGCGAAAGGGACCUAUGCAUCAAGGAGUGGAGGGGUUUCAGGGGCGGAGGGUAUGUCAAACGCUCCAGGCUGUCUAGCCCACCCUCUCCCACCCUGGAGACCCCUAUGGACAAUUCUCCUCAGUCUCCCAGCGCCUCUGAUAUCCUGGAGGAUGAAUUUGUUCCGAAUGUCAUCACUGAGAACUAUCAGGGGCCUGGACACACAAAAGAUUCACUGGUAACUUGA